AUGACUGCAACCGAAACUCUGGGAAUUGUUUUCCAUAUUUUAGUCGCACUAGCUACUUGCCUCGGGAACUCCCUGGUCUGCAUUGCCAUCUGUCGGGUUAGAGCGCUGAGAACAGUUUCGAACAUCAUUUUAUUCAGCUUAGCCUUAGCCGAUUUGCUAAUGCUACCUGUGUUUAUAUUCCGAAUCAUUGUUCUCUUUGAAAAGAAGGACCACAUAGCUUGUCACGCUAUGUCUGAAGCUGCCUUUACAACAAUAUGCGUUAUAAUUUUACAUUUAACCGCCGUCAGUAUAGAUAGAUUCAUUGCAAUAAAAUUUCCGCUACGUUACAAAACGAUCACCACACGCCGCCGGAUGAAAAUAGCAGUUAUCGCCAUCUGGCUUUUGGCAAUAACAGGAACUAUUGUGUUUCCACACUCACUACCGACUUCGGAAUACGAAGAUUUUGUCGAUUACUACGACACGUUCCAUUUCUGCCUACAUCACCCGUACGAUCACAGCUUCGAGAACACCUCCAAAGUUUUCGCUGCGUUGAUCAUUGCCUUGUUUCUCAUACUGCCGAUUAUUGUCACUCUGGGAAGCUAUAUGUACAUCAUUAAAGUUUCAUGUGAUCAGAGGGGAAAACUUGAAAACGUGGCUCAUCUUGAGAGGAGAGCGGUCAGGAAACUCGAGAUCAAAGCAGCUGCAACAUACGGUAUCGUUAUUGGUGGGUUUAUGUUUUGCUUUUUCCCCCUUCUUGUGGGGACUCUGUAUCAACAAUUCGAAUUGGAAAAACGCAAGGACAUGAAACUGAUUAUGCAGAUUUUAUCGACAGUGGCUUCUCUAUGCGCGUGUAUCAAUCCAGCUGUUUAUGCUUGGAGAAGCAAGGAAUUCAGGAAGGCCUUCAAGAAAAUAAUUACGAGAACUCGAUAA